UUAGCCAUGCCUUCAAGCUUAACCUUAUGGUCGCGGAAAUGUUUCUACAUGUAUAUGACCUCAGCCAUGUCUUCAAGCUUAAACUUCUGGCCUCGGAAAUGUUUCUACAUAAAUAUGACUUUAGCCAUGCCUUCAAGCUUAAACUUAUGGCCGCGGAAAUGUUUCUACAUGUAUAUGGCCUCAGCCAUGCCUUCAAGCUUUAACCUCUGGCCGCGGAAAUGUCUGUACAUUUAUAUGCCUCAGCCAUGUCUCCUGACUUAAAAUAUUAGCCUAGAAAAUGUUUCCUCAACCAUGCCUCCAGUUUAAACUGAGCACAUCACAUCGUACAGACAUGGUUAAGCUAAUUUUUCUGAGUUAUGAUUUACAAAAGGUUGAUUUUCAUUUCAUGAUGGGGUGACAUCUAAAAAUAAAGCAGAGAUCUUUCGCGUUUUCUCUUAUUCUUUUAUCCUUUUAAACUCGAUGACCUGAAAUAUAAUAAUCAAUACAAGAAAUGUUUUGCCUAAUAAAUGACUUUAAUAAAUGUACUUUAUGUAUUUCAGAAGAUGCCAUUAGCAUCCGUUAUGUAGAUCGACAGUAGGAAGAAGAUUCUGGGACACUUCUUCUACAUUAGCGCAUACAUCUAUAUGUCAAUGUGUAGCAUUUUCAAAAUGAGGACAAAUUUCAAUGGGUAUUAAAUUACUUAUUAACUCCAUCGACUACUAACCCAGCUAGUUUUAUUUCGUUACUUACACAGUUAUCAGCACCUGUGCGCGUGAAUACAUGUGUAGAUUUAAUAAAAAAAGAGCAUUUUUUAUAAAAGGAAAAUGGCCUCCUUUUAAUUCAUUGACGUUUCCGUAAAUAAACAGGACAAACAUGUUGCACGAGGUUGCUUGGAGUAUCUGGAGAGGAUUCCCGCCUAUAUUGCUUGUUUUCGGAACAAUUGGAAAUCUAAUGACAGUAAUAGUUCUGAUGCAACGCAAGAACCGUAACUCUAGUUUAGCAAAAUAUUUGUCUGCCCUUGCUGUAGCAGACUUAAUCGUUCUGUGGAUGGCUCUCCCAAGAAACUGGCUAAACAACGGAUUUGAUGUUGAUUUAAGGCCAUUUUCUGAGUUUGUAUGCAAAGUACAGUUGUUUUUAGUAUAUUUUGGGUCUCAAAAUUCUGCCUUGUUGGUUGUUUUGGUUACCGUAGAGCGUUUUCUGUGUGCUUGGUUACCUCUAAAAGUAAAACGAAUAUGUACGGCUCGAAAUGCAAAUAUCGUUAUAAUAAGCGUGGCGACCUCUCUCACACUACUUAACUCGCAUCUUCUCUUUGGUAUGGGGCUUACAAAGGGUAACAUUUGUUACCCCAGUAAUGAAAGCUACGCUUAUUUUCUCUUUAAUAUAUGGUCAUUGAUAUCACUAUUUGGAUUUUCCUUAACACCAUUAUUAGUGUUAGUUGUUUUGAAUACAGCCAUCAUUGUCCAAAUCUUGAUGGUGCGACGGAAGUCUCAAACCCAGGUUGCUCCUGAGACAGUGACGCCAAUAGCAAUGGCAAGGAAAAUAAAAAAUCGUCAGAUCACCGCAAUGCUGAUAACACUAAAUAUAGUUUUCAUGGUAUGUGUCACACCACUUUUGUGUUUCCUGAUAUUUUAUACUGACUGGGUUCUGUCACACGAAACCAAUCACAGUGAUGGCGUUUUAGAGCUGGUUUGGUCAAUUUUCAAUGCUUUAUUUUAUACCAAUAAUGCAGUAAAUUUUAUCCUAUAUUUACUGAGCAGAUCUGCGUUUAGGAAGGAGGCAAAGGACGUUUUGUUCCGAAGUCUUAAUUCGUGCAAGGCGAUAUGUAAAAGGAAAGUGCAUUCACGCGAAAACAAUGUGACCAUUCGUGGAGCAGAAGAAAAUGUAGAGUUGCAAAACAUUGGAGUGUUCGCUAUAUAAACGCACGAUAUA